UCCAAUAGGGCAUGAGGAUGUGGGGCUGGUUAAUGUAUACGCUUUUGCUAGCUCUGUCCGUCUUAGCAAGCACGUUUUCACAGCUCCAAGAAGAAAAGAAAUCGGUUAAUGAGUAUAUUAAUCAGGCUGUUGAAUUGUUCAAUGAAGAUGAAAAUAUCCAGUUUAAAUUUAAACCACUGGAUGAUCAACCUGCAACUUUUAUGCUGGCAGAUGAAAACACACAGAUGAUUUUAUUCAAAAUCAAACAGACCGUGUGUGAAAAAUCUCAAAAAGAAAGCAAUCUGGAAUGUGAUUUUAAACCUGAUGGGGAAAUCAGACUCUGUAUAUCCUAUGCUGAGGAUCAGGAAAACGCAGACAACAUCAUUUGUGACACUAUAUUUCAGGAUUUCCGUACAAAGAGGUCUGCUAGAAGACGCAAGAAGUGUAAGACUUUUUUUUGCAAACUAUUGCAGAAGUUUCAAGGCUCUAAGGGCAGUGGCAGCAAACGCCCAGAAGGUGGCCAGCCUAUAUUUCACUAAAUCAUCCUUUUCAAAAUCUUACUGUGAAUGCUGGAAUCUGUGUCUUUCAUAAAAUAAUAAUAAUAUUGUGAAUAUUACUCAAAAGCUUAGUAAUGGAAACUGCAAACUAGCUGAUCAUUGGAACAAAUCAGACAGAUGAUAUAAUCUUUGUAAUGAUACAGCAUUUGGAAGAUUUAUACUUUACCUUUUAACAUGUAAUAAAUACCUAACCAGCUGAUUUUUUUCUCAAUUUUGAAUCUAAUAUGUAAUCUUUGUAAAUCGGCUUAUUAAAGGGACAUUGCUUUUAAACUUAAAA